CCCGGCAGCUUUUGAUCUCUUCCAAGCUGCUGCAGUAGCAGCCCCAGGCUGAGAUGGCCGCAGCAAUAAUUUACUCCUGCUCUGGGUUCCUUGGACUCCGCUUCUCCCAGGUCCUCCUUGCCUUCUGGUACAUCUUUGUGGGCAGUGGCUCUGCCCUGACAGUGAUCCAGACUCCAAGCUUUGUCAGUGACUCGACUGAGGGGAAAAUUUCCUUCAGAUGCUCUGUGGAUGAUACAAGCUACAGGUUUUAUUUAUAUCACCAAUUGGCUGGGAAAACAGAAUUGAAAGUCAUCGGGUACCUCUCCACUGCUAGUAAAAUACUUGAAGAAAUUCCACCUGAAUUGACGAAUCGGCUGAAAGGAGACGGUUUCAAGUUUAAUAACCCAUCUAGGCGGGAAUUGCGUUUGGAAUUGUCAAAACUUCAGGCGAAUGACACAGGCUUGUAUCUGUGUGCUGCAGUACACAGUGAAAGAGAAAGAAACAGUGGCAGAUGCAAAACUGAAUAUCAGGAACAAAUCUGCCUUUUACACUUUUCUACUCAUAUCUCUCUUUUAACUGACAUCCCAUGGGUAACCCUGUCCUACAUCCUAGUGGUCUCAUAUUUAAAACAGCCUUUGGUCAAUUUAUGCCUUCCUGAUGCCCAGAACUGCCCAUUAUACACGAGACUUUUGAUCUAA